CGAGGCAAGUGCACACGCGCUAUAUGCUUGACGACGGCGCGCUUUCUAUGGAUUCAAAAUGCAUUUCAUACAAUACUUGUACUUUGCAAGGUGCAUUGCUUUUUCCGUCUGAACUGUGUUUGACGUUCAGCAGCUGAAUAUCACAUUGGAUUCAAAAGCGAAAAGUUUAUGGUGAGUCGAAGUAGGCGGUAGAGUGAUUGGAGGGGAUUCUACAGCAUCAAUAUGUGAGAGCCGAAUCGAUCCGGGGGCAGUGCUACCAUUGCCAGGCGUCAAAACGUGGCUGAUUCUGGAAGUUUUUCGGGCAGAGAUCGGAUUCACCGCGCGGUAGUUCAUUUGGUAUUUGGUCCCGCCAAUGCUACAGACAACGGGCUGAGCGUAUAUCAUCCUGUGAUUCAUUCGGAAUUCAAAAUAACGCUUGGACUGUCGGUAGCAGUCACGGAAUGAAUUUGAAAACGAACGGGAGAUCAAGAUUGGUUAGUUGAAAUCGAAGUCUCGGAGAAAAGUUUUCCAGCUCAUUACACAAAAAGUGGAUACUGUUCCUCGAAUUUUCUCAUAAUUUUCUUCAGACACGAACAUAUUUCAGAUUUCAACAUUUUGGUCUCGCACUCGGUUUUGUUUUACAACAAUUUCAUUCGUAGAUUAUACCAUGGAUAAUCACUGAUUUACACUGAGAAAAAACACACUUCGUUUAAUUCUGUCAAGCUAAUAGUUGAGUUCUUGACCAAUAAAAUUAUCAAAUCCUGGUUUUCUUAUCGGGGAUUUGACUGAAACAGUAUUGGUUUGGUCAUCAAAAAUUGCUUCGAUUGAAUUCGAAAUUUACAGGUUUGUCGAAGUUGGCUGGAAAAAAAAUCGACGAUUUUCAACUAAUCAGAAACAGACGAAUACAUAACUGCCGCCAAUUACAAAAUGGCCUCCAACCAAAUUCAUAAUUGGGCUAAAUGCAUUUAUUGGGAAUAGAUUUGUUGAUUAAAAUUGGAAAAUUUAGAUCAGAUAUUGGAUAUUCCUCAUUAUGGAUUCGCUGGGUUGAUUUUGUGCAUUGUCAUUGGAUGGAUUGUCGUAUCAUUCUAGAAGGAUUAUUCAGCUGAUACGAAUUUGAAAUACGAACUCUUGAGAAAAUGAAUUCGGAACGAGUAUUGUUCGGACAUUUUUCGCUAAGUAUUACUGAAUUCGCGAGAUUCUCUGGCAACAUCAGUAAUAAAAAUGUAACGGUUAUACAUGUACAUUGUAUAUGUGUGUGCAUUUUUUCUCUGGCGCUCUCUAUCUUCUAACCGUAUCUCUGGAGGAGCAGUCAAGGUAUAAGCGGACGCUUCUUUAAUUUCUUAAGUUCUGCUGGCGCCUUGUAUCUGCUGGAUCCCAAGGCUGGCUGAAUUGGAAUUGUGACAUAUCGGUUUUUUUACUGCUUCUUACGGUUCUCUUCUUUAAGACUUUAUUAAUGCGGAAACGAAAGGCUGCCAAAGCUUCUUUCAUGUUGGGAAAUGUAAAAACUUCCUCUAUUAUUUUGGGAAAAGGGAGCCAAUAACAUCUGUUUUGAGCGUUUAAGCUAAAUCUUCUGUUUUAGUUAUUCUGGGCGUUCUUGGAAACUGCUGAUCUUCUUAUAACUUGGAAGACGCUGUGAAAGAAGUGGUGCCUGGUAAUAACUUGAUAAAAGUGCAACUAUUAUUGGCUUAGACUGUAAACAUAGGGAAAUUUCGCCAGUUUGUAGAGCAGCUAUCCAAGGAAUCAUCAUAAACUCACCGCCACUGAGCAUUGGUACGAAAUGUAACUCUAGGUGCAAGAUGUUUACGCUGGAUUCGCAACUAGACUCAACAAUUGGCACAGGUUUUUUUAUGUGAUCGACGGCUUGUUUAGCUUCCUUGGAAUGAUAUUUCGUAUCCCUCUCAACAAUCAGACAGCCAUCAACAAUACAAACUAACCGUCGGAUACAGGUGUCAUCCAUCAGUCAGAAAGUGAAAACGGACCUACUUUUCUUGGAACUAUUGAUAUGAUUCCUAACAUAAACAUGGAAUCGAAACUGCUUGCUUUAUUGAUGCCCUUAAAAGGUACUUUUGAUUAUAUAUCCAUAUUAAAAAAAUAAGUGUGUCAUCGUCAGGUGAAUGCCACAUUGAUGUUAAUCGAGAAGUGAUUCAAAUGCCAGACGACCAUCAGCAAUACACUGUAGUAUUACCACGCAUGCGCGCAGAAUCUGAUCCGGAGACACAAGUUCUAGCUCAUGUGAUUGGUGGAAAUGGAUUAUUGAUACUGACACGGUGCAGAAUCUGAUCAUAAUCCACGGAGAAACAAGCUGCAAAUCUUCUGAUUGGAGUAGUAGUCUGUAAUAUAACGAUUGGGCGCGAAUUCUGAUUGCAACGAACGGAGAAACUAAUUAAAACCGAUUUGAUUGGAGGUGAAACUCAGUAAAUGAAGAUUUCUCUGGUUGAACCUUUCUAUUGCAAGAGCUCGUCUACAUUCCAUGAAAUUGCUCAAUUUUUCCCCAAAAGAUAAUGAAGUCAUGUCAUAUACUACGGAUCACGUUGCGAGGUGUAGUUUUCUAGUUGAUCUGUGAUAGGCUUUGGGGAAGAUGCGUCUUUUUAUACCUAACUCGUGUCGGAGAGAAGUGAUCAGGAACUUUGGAUAAAAAUGGCGGCCGUAACCCAUGAUGAUGCCAUUGAAGUCCUCUCAAUUCACGAAAAUAACAAUCAAGCAUUCUAUGACUUGACGCCCUCAGACUUCACGGACAGGUUCCGUGUGAUAGGCGGAGACGGUGAUGACAUCAUUGACCAUGAUAAGACUAUGGUAAUACCCAAGGUCAGGGAGGUCCAGUCGUUAAAACAGAAGAAAAUUGCUCGAAUUGUGAUGGCUAUUGCCAUAAUUAUGCUGCUGACAAGUAUCGUCCUUGUGGCGGCAACAUUAACUAUGUCCGACCAUAUUGACGACAUGGUGAGAAAGAUGCACGGGGACAUCCGGCCAAUCAAGACCAAACCAAGACCAACAACCUCAGGCACGACCACGACCGAAUCAACCACACUUCCAACACAACAUCCACAAAAUGCAACAGACGGGGGAUGACGUCGCAUGAACGUUAGCCAAUGAAAGUAUCUGCAAUAAAAGCGACGCUGUGAUAGGUCUGUCAAGCUGUCGCGCGUUGGGGCUGAGCCAGUACACUUAUCCAUUCCAGGAGAUAAGAAAACAGUCGUUAAGUUGGAAGUCGGCCAUUUGACGCAGAAGCAUAAUGUUUUGAUCCACCUCCCAAGCAUUAAAAAGAUGAGAGGGGCGGGGGAUUUGGAUUAUUUCUUAGAAUAACAUAGCAAGAUUAUCUCAUUCUUGGUAUGAUAUCAAAGGGCAUAGGCGGUAUACCAUGGACUGAUAAAAUCAAUGAAUCUAUGUAGGAAUUAUAAGCACUCCAGCAUUGCCACGGUAUGCAUGAUGUCAUGGAUGAAAUGACAGCACUCAAAAUUGUAUCACACUCCGUGAUACCAUAAACACCAGUGAAUUCGCCGAGUCCUCAUCAAUAUUUUGUAUUUUAAAUGCAGGAACACAUACGUGUUAAUCUGUAACUUAUUUGAUUGAUUAAUUGAUUUGUAUUUAUUUGUUGAUGUAAUUGCCACAAGCAUACAUGUAUCUUUUUGAAUCUUUUUACUGGACUCGGCGAUAUGCUCCCAAUUUUUUUGCGAGCCAUCUUUGUUUUUUUGGGAUCACGAUUUGUCUGUGAAUGUCACAUGUCCACGACAAGUAUGCGCACUAUCAAGCGGACGCCUGAAACGACCACCGCAAAUGCGAUCUUUGUCAUCACAGAUCGCUGCAAUAAAUCACUCAUUUGCAGGGCGCUUGUAGCCACAAGCUUACCACGUCAUAAAUGUAUAUGUCUGGUGAUGCUUUCUGCCAUCGAUGAGAAAAUUAACAACAAGUUAAUUUGCACUGAGUUGUCACAGAUAAUAUAUAUUUUGGAAAAUACUGUGCCCGCCGUCUUAGCGGAGACAGUAUUAACUUCCAAGCAAUACAUAUAUAUGCACAUAAUAUAAUAUAUUUCCAUUUUUACGAUAUUAUCGUAAAAAUGUAAAUAUUGCAAUUUUAAACGUUUAGAUGUGAACACGUUCUGGUGUGUCGUUCCUAUAUGACUGGCGUGCCCGAAUCUGUAACUAGCUCGGCGCUGCUCACAUUAGUACCGGUACGUGCAUGUAAACAACAAGGGGAUUCAUCAAUCUUUGGUCCAUUUUGCGUCGAUACACACGUGUGCGGGUGGGGGUGGGAUGGGGGAGAUUGAAAAGAUGAUUUGAACAUACAUACGUACACUUAUAUCGACUGACUGAUCCUUUCUGGACGUAUUGACCUCUGGGCCCUUGUUUAUAGGAACGACUCCCCGUAUCGCGAGACGACGAGAUAAUGCUGUACUCUGUGUCAUUGUAAAUACAUCGUAAUGACCAUGUAAAUUAGACUGUGGUUGUAAUGUACAAAACGUGAUCUUUAUACAAAAAUGUCAAACCUAAAUGUUUGCCGAAAUUUCUCAGUACCUUUAGUAUAUAAUACAUCGCCAAGUUUAUUUACUUCACUGCCAUUGGCGGUGUACGAUGACAUAUACAUCACUAGAUUGAGAAACUGCAAGGGAGUUUUCGCAAAGCCCCCC